GUUGCCUACAUUGGUACUACACGUGUUGUUCAAAAGUUUUUGCAAGGUUAAUAAAUAGUAAACGAUGAAAGCGAUAAAAAAUAUAAAACUGAAGAGAAACCCGAAAAAAUGCCGGGACUAGUCGACAUUAAAACCAUAGACGACGAAGAUGAAGUAGAGUGUUUUUCCGAAGAUUCUGACGUGGAGGAAGAAUACCAACCAACGAAACAGAAAAACAAGAAGAAAGUUGAUUUUGACACCGAUUUUAAUUUUGUUGGCUCCACAGAAGAAUACAACAAAGAUGUUUGGAAUGAUCUCUCCAAGUAUGUUAAAAGAAAAGCCAAGUCCAAAACUGAUGACAAAAUCAAAAAAGCGCGUAAAACACUACAAGACCAAGCCCAAAACUCUGAUGAAGAGAAAGAAGACAUAAAAGAAGAUAAUCAAUCAGAUGUAUCACUCUCAGAUGAUGAGUUAAAGUAUGACAAUAUAAAAAUCAAAGAAAAAAAGAAAAAGAAGAAGAAAACUGUGGAGGAAGAGGAGUUUUUUGAGGAAGGUGAGAUUGCCAAUACUGAAAUUGGUAGUUUCUAUGAAAUGAACUUGUCUAGACCAUUGAUGAAAGCCAUUGGUGAGAUGAAAUUUGUUCAUCCAACACCUAUACAAGCCUCAACAAUUCCUGUUGCCCUCCUGGGCAGAGAUAUUUGUGGAUGUGCAGCUACAGGCACAGGUAAAACAGCUGCAUACAUGCUUCCAACACUUGAGAGAUUGUUAUUUAGACCAGCAGACAAUGCAAUCACCAGAGUUUUAGUGCUUGUACCAACUAGGGAACUUGGUGUGCAAGUAUAUCAAGUUUCCAAACAACUGACACAGUUCACUGAUGUUGAAAUUGGUUUGGCUGUGGGUGGUUUAGACUUGAAAACUCAAGAAAACAUUUUAAGGAAGAAUCCGGACAUUGUUAUUGCCACACCAGGUCGACUUAUUGAUCAUUUAAAAAGUACACCUUCAUUCUCAUUAGAUUCUAUUGAAGUUUUGAUUCUGGAUGAAGCUGAUAGAAUGUUGGAUGAGUACUUUGCUGAGCAAAUGAAGGAAAUUAUCAAACAAUGUUCCAGAACUAGGCAGACAAUGUUGUUCUCUGCAACAAUGACUGAUGAAGUUAAUGAUUUGGCUGCUGUGUCACUUAAUAAACCGGUAAAACUAUUUGCAAAUAGUAAUCGUGAGGUAGCGUUCAAUCUACGCCAGGAAUUCAUCCGUAUUCGAGCUGAGGAUGAUCGUGAAGCCAUUUUGGCUUCGCUUGUAUGUCGUACAUUCAGAGCGCAUUGCAUUGUAUUCGUUCAGACCAAGAAGCAGGCGCAUAAAUUACACAUUAUGUUGGGAUUGUUUGGUGUGCGUGUUGUUGAGUUGCACGGGAAUUUAACUCAACCACAGCGGUUGGAGUCAUUGGCAAAGUUUAAGAAGGAAGAGGCUGAUGUACUUGUUGCGACUGAUGUCGCCGCUAGAGGUUUGGAUAUUUCUGGCGUGCAAACUGUUAUUAAUUUUGUGAUGCCUGCCACAAUUGAGCAUUAUAUUCACCGAGUGGGUAGGACGGCGCGUGCUGGACGUGCGGGUGUAUCGGUUUCGUUGGCUGGGGAGACCGAGAGGAAGAUUGUGAAGGAAAUUAUUAAGAAAGCGGCGAAUCCGGUGAAGUCAAGAUUAAUUCCACCGGAGAUUGUGGAGAAGUACAAAACUAAGCUGGAAAAGAUGGAGCCGGAAAUUGAAAAUAUUCUCAGGGAGGAAUAUGAGGAACGUUUGUUGAGUAAAACGGAGAAUCAAGCGAAUCGUGCACAAAAAUUACUUGCAGGUGAUCUUGACAAUAAGCGUCCGUGGUUCCAAUCCAAGAAAGAACGCAAAGACGAGCAAGAUAGACUUGCGUUAAAUCCGAAAACUGGCGACAAACCUGACAAGACUGCAAAGAAAAAGCCGGAGAAAGGAAAGAAGGCGAAGAAAUCUGACACGGACACGGAAUUAGCUAAAGUUGCGUUGGUUCAAGCGCGAUUAGCAAAGAGGAAAACCAAACAAAAAAAGAUCAACACUUGUUAUGACGCUGCCACUCCUACAGCGAUGAAAACAAAGAACAAGAAGUCCAGUUUUGAUAUGGAGCUAACCGACACAUCUGCAAAGGGCGCUAAAAAGUUGAGGUAUAACGCUCACGCCGCAAUGAAGCAAAAUGAUAAGAAUGGUAAAGGCGGAAAAGGAUUUAAGGGUAGCAAGGCCGGUAAAGGGGGUGGUAAGCCAGGUGCGAAGGGCGGUAACAAAGGAAAAGGGAAAGCGUUUGGUAAGCCAAUGGCGAAGAAACAACGUUGAAUUAAAUCAAUUUUAAUAAACAUUCUUGUUAAUACAUAA